UUCCAUGCAUUUUUAAGAGACAUGUGUUCCAAAUAUCAUCCCUCAUACAUAUACUCUAAUCCAUUGAGCACCUAAUAGGAAAUUCAUUGAUAUCUCCAUGUGACGAAUACCUGUGGAAGGAAGAUGAGAAGUGAGAACCCACCUUCCAGGCUUCCACCAGUCAGUUCUUCAUUGCGUGAUGGUUAAGUAUAAGAUUCCUCACGUUUGUCUUCUCAUGAAAUCUUAAUUAAUCUCUGUUAGUGGAGCCAGAUUAGUGCUCCGGCCAGCAGCUUUUUCUUUCUUUUUGAUAUUAAUACCUUCAUUUGCUUGGUCUCCAAUCUUUCUGGAAUCUAAUGCACCAAGAGCAAAAGAGGAAGAGUUAUUUAUUUAUUUAUAAGGAAGGGGGAUGGAUUUUAUUAUAUACAAAAAGAAAAAGGAGGAAGAAUACCAAAUUGGUUACAAGAAGGCGAGGAAGAAUACCAACACUACACAAGUUACGCAAAGAUGUUGUUUCAACUUUCAAGCCUCUUCAAUGUCUAUCAAAUCCUGAUCAUUACCGUUCGGCUCGCAGUAGUAGGACCCCUCCGGCUAUUUUCGCGAUCGGGUCCAGCUUAAUCGACGUUGGCACCAACGCAAUCUUGAAUUCCUCUACGCCGGGAAACGGGCCGUUCAACGGGAUCGAUUGCGACCCUCCUGUGCCUUCCGGCAGGUUAAGCAACUGCUAUGUUGUGGCCGACUUUGUGGCAAUGGCGCUGGGUUACGACGAAAGCCCGCCGCCGUUCCUCGCCGUCGUGAACUCCUCCGACGUUUUCGACCGGGCCCGGGUGACUGUGGGGCAGCAGAUCGAUCAGUUCGCGGGAGUAGUCAGGCCCAGGCUGAUAGCUUUACUGGGCCGAGUAGCCGCCGGAAAUUUCCUGGCCCAGUCCUUCUUCUUGUUGGCCACCGGGAGCACUCUGUAUGCACUUGGAGGUCGAGUGUUCGGGAUCGUGGCGCCACCGCUAAUUGGAUGCAGUCCUCUUUAUUACGAGAUGGAGAACAGCGGCGGCGAGUGCGACGCCAGAGCCAACUUGCUGUCGCUCGGCGUCUACAAACUCCUUGCUUCGGCUCUGGGAGUGCUACGCCUUACACAUCCCGAUUUCCGGCCAACUUCGACUCUCUGCGGGAAUCGUGAUGAGUAUUUCUUCUGGAACCAGUUCUUGCUCACGAGUGAGGGCUCCAGGCUGCAGGUUGCCGCGUGUUUUGGCCGAAACCCUAGAUACUGGACUCCUAUAAGCUUCACUGACCUGAAAGAUUAA